CUUUGAUAAGGCAGCUGCAUUCCGCUGCUCGUCAGUCAGCACAACUGAAGACAACAGGCACCAAGUCAUGGAGCAAAACGUGAGGAUUGUGUCAAGGGCACAGUGGCGAGCAGCUCCACCUGAACAGGAGGAGAGACUGAAGAGCUCGGCCAGGAGAGUUGUCAUACACCACACUGCUUUCCCAAGCUGCAGAGGCCUGGAGGAGUGUAAGAAGCAGAUCUUCAGCAUCCAGAGAGCUCACAUGACAGAGAGAGGCUUCAGUGACAUUGGAUAUAAUUUUCUCGUUGAAGGAGACGGCAUCGUGUUCGAGGGUCGUGGCUGGGGUGCUCUGGGGGCACAUUCCAAAGGCAACAAUCAUGACUCACUGGGCAUUGCCUUCAUGGGCAAUUUCAACAAUGAUGAACCAAGCGAAGAGGCGUUACUGGCGGUCAAGCAGCUGCUGCAGUCUGGAGUUUCCCAGGGCUUUUUGUGUAAAGACUUUGCUCUGUUUGGACACAGAGACUUGGCUAACACAGAAUGUCCAGGAGAGAAACUUUAUGCUGCACUACCAAAACUGAGGGGCACCACUUAAAUCCUUGUGUUGUUGAAGAAAGAUGUCGCAUAGAUUUCACAAUGGGUUGUCAGCCUUUUUCUCUCAGAGGAAGUCAUCAGAAAUUACACAUACAAGGAAGUUGCUUUGGUGUGUUUUGCAUAAGCAUAAAGAUAUUAUA